AUGGAGGCCGAAAACGCUGAGUAUCAACGUGCUCACAACGGCACCAGUGUCGUCUCUUUUUUGUCAGCAUCUGCUCGUUGUAUCAUGAUUGCUGAGCUUCGGUGGAAAAUCUUCGACCUGGUUGCCAUUCCUAACAUGCUUGAUAUUACUGUUGGGCGGCUUUCGGAAUUUGAUUGGGGAAUGGAUUCCAAGACAUUCAUGAGAAAGUCACUUCUGGCACUUGCCUUGGCGUGCAAAUCAUUUACUGGACCUGCCCUGGAUCUUUUAUGGCGACACCUAGCUGGGCUCGAACCUCUCAUCAAGUGUCUCCCACAAAGCCUAUGGAAACAGGACGGGAAAAAGCUACAAUUUCAAAGAACUAUGACCCUCGAUGACUGGUCCAUUUUUUGCAAAUAUAACUAUCGCGUCCAUUCGCUGGUCAAUCAAUGUCAUGAGUCGUUCAUGAAUGGCGAGAUGAUCUGUGGCACUGAAAUUUGGCGUGCCCUCAGUUGUCCCCCCUUCUCCCUUCCCUUACUCCCCAACUUGACGUCCCUUACCUGGACCGAGACUAGCGACGAGACAUUUCAAUAUAUUCGGUUAUUUAUGACCCCACAGUUGACGAUGCUCAAUAUCCAUGUACGGUCCUCCACCUUUAACACAUUCGAUCCAUCCGAACAGUCCAUCUUGUCGUCUAUCCCAGAGUCAUGUCCUUCUGUUUCGGAUUUCAGUCUCGUUAUCGGUUCCGGUCGAUCUAUCCAACCAAGAAACACAUCGACCGAACUGGACGUAACAUGCAAACGUCUAUUCAUCUUAGAGGCUUUUUUGGAGAAACUCGCUGUUGCUCCAAAACGAUUAUCCUUUACGAUCACUCAUGGGGUGGAUUCCGUGCGGGCCCUGUCAGCUUCGAUUUCUUAUAUAGCCAACGGGUGUGCACUCAGCUCACUGCAACAGGUGCAGUUCAACAUCACUAAUCAGCCUGUUGAUCGCGAUGCUUUAAUCGAAGCUGAAGCCUUUCGACCACUCUUUGCCUUCCACAAUCUUCGCAAGCUCGACUUCAAAGCGGAUGAACACUGUAUUGUCCGAAUGGAUGAUGCUGCCCUUUUGGAGAUGGGUAAGGCCUGGCCCCUCCUGGAAGAGCUAUACAUUACCAGAUACUGCGAUUCCGGUUAUCAAGUCACUCCAAAUGCCUUCGUUUCGCUGUUACAGCAUUGCCCGCAUUUAGUCUCGAUCGCCGUCACAGUAGAUUGGUCUACGAUAGACGUGCGUGCCAUACCCCCUGACUUUCCUUCUCAAGGAUUUUCUCACAAGACGCUAUCUCGCGCAUUCUUUGGUGGUUCGAGGAUUGACCAUCCGAUAAGCAUCGCCGCCUUCAUCUCAGUCAUCGCACCCAACUUAAAUCUAAUCGAGGCAUGGAGUCCUGAAAUCCAUGGGGAUGAUGACUACCUGGCAUACUCCCCAGCGUGGAAUCUCGUCCCUGGAUUUGAUAAAAACUUUCCCCAUUCUCCGUAACCAGGGGAAGAUGUUGUUGUUGAAUGAGCUGAUCAAAAUGCACGAGGUUCGUAUGGGCACUACGAGGUUGCGCAGCCCAGAGGCCAAAAAUGAGGGAGUCACUGCUGUUGACGCCGAUGAGGGUGGUGAGGGUUUCGAGGAAGAUAGCGGAAGCGAGGGCCAUUCAGUAUACAUGCAUUAAGUCUUGUCAGACGAGGAAGAAUGUUUCAAAGCGUACGUCUUGAAUUUUUCUUGAUGUUUGCGCUAACCUUUCUCGAGGUCUUUCCUCGAUCAGGUC